AUGCUAAUCCCAGCAGGUCUCGAACCUCCCCCUAUCACCGACGCCGAUUCUCCCUUCGACGACAUAAACGCCGACAUCAUCAUCCGUUCCUCCGACAAAGUCGACUUCCGCCUCUCCAAAUUCAUCCUGUCCUCCGCUUCAGCAGUGUUCCGAGACAUGUUCACCCACGCGCUGCCUGCACCUUUCACUCUCGAUAUUAAGGGCGACGAACUCGCUGAUAUACGUGAUGGUCUUCGCGUCGUCCGCUUGUCCGAACCAUCAGAUAUUCUCCGCCUUCUAUUCCAAUAUCUAUACCCCAUGGACAACCCCUCCAUCGACGACUCCCACGACAUUUUCGCCCUCGUCCGCGCCAUGGAUAAAUAUUCCUUCGAUCACUUCUCUAACACAAUCACCUCCCUCCUCCAGACCGCAAUGCGAUCCAACCCGCACACAGUCUAUGCCUUUUCCUGCCACUACCACUUCGGAACGCGGAGCAUAGAUAUCGCUCGAGAAACGGCGAUCGAGACGUUGAGAUAUCCUAUGCUUCUGACGAGGGGGCCGCUGGUAAGGGAGAGCGAGUUAUUGCAAAUGACCUCGGUGGAGCUGCAAGAUCUGUUGAAGUUCCAUUGGGAUUGCGCGAAGGCUGUGGUGGGUAUCGUGCAGGGAAUGUUUCCUGGGUCUGGGACGUCUAAGAUGCCGGAGGAUUAUCCUUGUUCGAUGUCUACCGAUGCCCGGGACGCCGUCCCACCGUGCGUUUGUAAACGCGUGGAUAUAAAGAUGACCGAAGGAUCUUCUGGCCACCAGUCAAUUACCAUCCAUCGACAAACGACGGGCGAGUUCGUCCGCAGACGGUUUAUAGUCAACCAUACGUUUACCGCCCCAGAUUGGGUGUUCGGAUACCUGAAGGGAUGCGAGAAGUUGUUGGCCGAGAGACCACAUUGGACGACGUUAGUGGGAGGAAAAGCGCAGAGGAUGAUGGAGGCUUGUCUUGAGGAUGCGGGGGUAUGCGGGUGGUGUGAGUGGAGGGCGAAGGACCAGGUGCCGAAGUUGCGAGAGCGGUUGGUUGCGCAGAUCGAGCAGUCUGUGAGGACGAUCGCUCGUUCGGCCUUUCGCGCUCACCGUCAGUGA